CCACCCUGAACCCACUGAACAUUGCAGAACUACUUUCAUUUCCCGGAUCUGGACUCAGUUCGAUCUCGGUGGUUGAUCAGUAAGCAGUGGUUGGUUGAGCAGUUCUUGUCCAAAUUUUGCAACAUUUUCGCAUUUUUAUUCUGAGAAAUAGCAGCAUUUUUUGAUUUAUUCAGUCCUCGAUUGCAUUUUCUAGUCUGUGUAAAGGUCGAGCAUAUUUAUUUUUACUUUACAAACCAAUGAUAUUCACGCAAGUUACAGGUCCGAUUUUUUGGUCUGUUACUUUGCUCUUCUAACUUUUUUUGUUAUUUAAUUCAUUACCAUUUUCAAGGUUCAUAUCUUAUAAUAGAUUCACAUUUGAGUUUCUAUAAAUACUUGGUAAAGCUUACUUGAAAAACUGACUGCAGAGAUUGAAACGAGUCUCAAAUAUCCCAAAGUCUCGUUCCACCCCGGACGCCAUUUACUCACCUUCUCCCCGAUUUAUCGUAUCGUCCCAUAAUCCCCGUCGUUGUGAUUUUUAACACGGUCGUGACAAACAGUUUCAGUGUGGCCAAGAGAGAACUUUGCACUGUUUUGAACCCGCAUUACAAAGACAUUGCCAUUACGAUUAUUACCAGUCGGAGGGACAAUACGCUUUAUUUUACCCCCUCCUCGACCUUGUGCAUUUAACGUUGCCUGGUCAUAAUUAAACUGCAUUUCCCAGUUCCCCACACCACUGCAAGAGUCGUUUCAAAGUUGAGAUAAAACGAAACAGAUAAAACAAGGAAUAAAAAGAGUUGGUAAAAGAAAAAAAAUUUCAAACUUGCUCACGAUUAAAAGAGUCGCUAUAAACUUGAUUGCAAAAGCUGUACAAGGCGAGAUUGCAUUUUGCGCCGGACAUUGUACUUGCUCUAAUUGCCGAUAAGUGUGGCCAUUUUCGCAAACUAGUGAAUGAAGGACAAGGAGAAAAUAUUCCAAGCACAACAAUUGCUUCAUUCAUCGCAAUAGCUCUUUAUCUUAGAAAAUACAACAGAAGCAAUUAGUCAACGACACCACCAACAACGACGACGACGAAGAGCGAUCCAAGAAUUGAAACCAGGCGUCUCAUCUUCUCCUUCCCGUAAAGACGAAGAAUCUGGGUCGCUUCCCGUUGUUUGGAGAUAAUCGAAGAAACCCGUCACAUCCGUAAAGAAAAUCCAAUCGUCCAAUUUCUCGCUCUCCUUGGUACAAAAGAAAACCACUUUCUUCGUCAAGAACAAAUACAAGCUGUCACUCACCGAAAAAUCCUCUCCUGUUCGGCUCUGUCGUGCUUUCUUUUGACUAGUCUUUUCCCACCAGGCCCUCAUAAUGUGUGAAUAUCAUUACAAGAUUAGUGCUGUUGCUCCCUACGUAUAACCAGUCCUGCAUACCGACAUCGCAUACAUAGACAGACGGAUAGAUUGAGAACAAAUAUGCACCACUUUAAAAACCUGGGUAGAUUUGUAAAUUACUCUCAGCCCGAGAAAACCCGGAGAGAAUAGGAAGUGCGAGGAAGUGAAAGUAAAGGGAUCACGAAUAAUAAUAAUCGGAGAACCUGUGGCUGUCUUGACUUUUGGUUUAAUUCGGGAAAGCCCCAGGAGUUGAUUUCCUUACCACAGCGGAGAAAAUGAGAAAGUGAGAGGAGUCUCUCCCCACCCAGCAACAGCAUCAGGCAAACAAAGACUACUUACAUGCAACCUUAAACUUUGGAGAGAUUUCCCAGAUUUUUGUUCAUAUCUGGCGGAAACAGGAAUCUAACCCAAUCCGCUCAAAAUAACUCGAGGGUUGUUCUUCCCCUGAUCAAUUUACAUACCCUUGACUCUGAUGUGCGUACGUGUGGUGCUGAAAAUAAAUGUGGACAGAGAGAAAAGAGACAUCUAUUCAAGUCUUCAUAGCGUUGUGGUGCUGGAGAGUGCAUAAGAAGUGAGUAAAAAAAGGAUAAGCAGCAGUACUUCUUGAGAUAAAAGAAUUUGCACUGCUUGAUCUACUCGAACUUGCUUCCCAAUCUCCGUCAAUCCACUUCUGGAUCUCAAAAACUUCACCUUUUUACUUCUCAAUGAUCGGCAUCUUUUUUUCUUCUUGCUGCCGUGUCUGGUUCAGGUGAAACUGAAAUGAAGUUUGAACUUUGGAUGCGAGACAGUUUCUACGCGUCAAGCUUUUUCUGUGCAGUGCAAAUGUACUGCUGGUGAAAACAAAGGAAGGGCAGUUAUCGGACCACCAGACACAACCACCCGACACCAUUUUUGACGUCAACUAAUAUUUCACCCAGAAAUAGGAAGUGGAGAAAAACCUUUCAAACGGAGAGUGCUAUCAAAGGAACAUUGUGCUUUUUUCACUCUGAGAAAGUGACAUAAGUUAAUAACUUGACACCUUUGUCAUUCCGUGGUAUAAAGUGCGAGGAAACCUCAGCUUCUGGUAAUGAAAUCCAGUUUCCAUAAAUAUGCCACAAAAUUAAAUGUCGCUCAGGAUAAAAUGCUGACGUACGAGGACGACGAGGAGUGAGUGAAAGUACGUGUGAAUAAACUACGCUUUGUACAUUUGAUUGAAAUUGAAACCUUGCAAUUUCGUAUUACGAAUUGUCAGAGAUUUUGUCAAUUCAACGUAAUCUAGACUUGAAGCCUCAACCACACAGGAUUCUAAAGUAGUCGUAUCACAGCAUCGCCCCAAGUGAGACGUUCACUCUCACUUUCCCCACCCAGUAACCCAACCUUCGCAAAAGUGAGAGACAUGGUCAGCCUGAACAACCAUUUGUUCGACAUGGCAAAUAUAACCAGCAGAUUUUACGAGGAGGGGUACGCUGCUGCUGGUGAUUCUGAUCAUCAUCACCCCAAUGCUCCAAAUUUUCUCAACAAUCUCAACUUAUCGUGGGAAACAGAAAACAAGUAUUACAACGUCAACUUGGACGAGUUCUCAACUGAGAUGGGGUCACCGAGUGAUCCCUUCCCGACUCCUGGAGAUACCACGGCGUCUUUGGGAUGGGGAGACCUGGCACUCGUUUCUCUCUUUUGUUCCAUCAUUGCUGGAACUGUGGCAGGCAAUACUCUCGUGAUUGCAGCAGUUAUCACCACUCGGCGACUCCGUACCGUGACCAACUGCUUCGUCAUGUCCCUGGCAGUGGCAGACUGGUUGGUCGGGGUAUUCGUAAUGCCACCCAAAGUGGCGCUCUACCUUGUCCACAAUAAGUGGAAACUUGGUGGAUUUUUCUGCGAGCUCUGGAUCGCUCUGGACAUUCUACUCUGCACCGCAUCCAUCUUGUCACUCUGCGCCAUCAGCAUUGACAGAUAUCUCGCCAUCACACGGCCCCUCGCCUACUCGAGGAGACGCCGUUCCAAACGGUUGGCCCUGUCCAUGAUUUCGUGCGUCUGGGUCGCCGCCGCCAUCAUCACUUCUCCCCCAAUCCUCGGCUGGUAUGAUGAGACACGAAACGUGGAAAAUAACUGCCAAUACAAUGAUAACACUGGGUACGUCUUGUAUUCGGCACUGGGGUCCUUUUUCCUCCCUUUGCUAGUCAUGCUCUACGUCUAUGCUCGCAUCGCUUGUGUCAUCGCCCGGCGACAGCACUCGAUCCAACGGUUGUCGAAUUCUUCAGAUAAGCAGAAAUCUCAUUGUUGCGGAGGAAGCGAGGUGGAGGAGCCCUUGCGAGGAAAGGAGUCCUUUUCGAGGAGAGACAUUGGCACGAAUAAUGAAAUGAUCACAAAAUAUCACGACCAAGAACAGCCACGCAGCCCAGGAGUGGAUAAAGAGAUGGGCGAACCACUUCGCCCCCAGCCCAGCGUUGAACCCACGGUUAGUGGGGACACGGCUUCGUCAAAGUGGUGGGGGCUGUUCCACCUCCGUUCCUGCACCAGCAGCGGGGACGACGACAGCCAGUCUGGCAACGGAACAAAAAGGUCGAGCAGUGGAGGGCAAAAGAGUGGUGUGGGCUCUUCUGACUCCGACUCGGCGUCUGGAUUGGCCCUCUCAUUGCCGGAUCCAGCUACUCUCAGCGGGGGCGGUGGCGUCAUAGCGGAAAGUGUUAUCGACGAAGGUAACACUCUGGGUCCUACCCGGUCUGGAUGUUCCUCACCAAGAUGCUGCGGGCAAAGUGGGUGCACGAAUCAGACGCCAAAUUUACAUCAGCCCAUGUCCAGGACAAGGACAGGAUCUCGGUUGUGCCAUCACAGCAUUGCUACAACCAGCCCUCAGAGAAGCAUACAUAGAGUGCAUCAGACCACCUCCUCAGCUACUCGGCUCUACUUGGAUCAUGAGUUGGUCCCACUUGACGAAAGUAAGAGUUUGACAAUCAGCAAAAGUGCGCCCCGGGUCUGGACGGUGGAGGAGACCACAUCAAACGCAUCUCUCGUAGUUGGAAGCAGUGGAAGUCGUCACAAAAGUCCCAAUGGACGGACAGCAUCGCUUAAACAAGACCGCAAUGGACGCAAUGCUGGACGGUUCAACAGCAAUUGUGGUGGAACAAUCACACAGACGACACUCUCAGUUCCGAUGAACAACUCUCCUGCAGGAAACCCAGCAUCUUUGAUGAGUUGUUCUCCCACCGCGAUGGGGACGGGAGGCGUUGUUGGCAGAGAACCUUCCCCGUCUCACAACAGUACUGGAUCCUCUAACCGGAUAUACCAUCCGCAACAACAACCUGUGAGUGGUGGGAGCCAUUUUCACCACAACCACACGCCAAACCACAUGAGUAGCAUGAUGCAUCGAGGACGAAGCAUAAAACUGACGCUGAACGUACAUGGAAAUGAUCACAAUCAGAACGGGAGCAGUAUCGCGAGAGAUUUUGCCAGUGGGAGGGUUGCUUCAUUCAAACGGGAAACUAAGACGGCCCAAACGCUGGCUGCUGUUGUGGGUGGCUUUAUUAUCUGCUGGCUACCUUUCUUCGUCGCUUACGUGAUUGGGCCCUUCAUUCCGUCAGAGAUGAUUCCCGAAGCUCUUAUGGAUGCUCUUAUCUGGCUCGGGUGGUCCAACUCAACGAUUAAUCCCUGCAUAUAUUCCUUUUAUUCACAAGACUUUCGAUCCGCAUUUUGGCGUCUGACCAUAAAGAAAUGCGGAAGCUUGAUUGGAUACCACAAAAAUACUGGUCGACGAAGCCCACGAAGAUAUGAUGACCACAACAACACACACAGCCGAGUAUCUGCUUGAUUGACGCUAAAUAAUCGGUUUGCAUAGAACCGAUAAUUGAUACUUAUUACACUGAACAAUUUUGAACUCAUAAAUUGUAUCGAGGUAAAUAAAUGGCUGCUGAUGUACUCGACUUGACUGUUUCUUGUUUUCGUGUCACUCCACAAAUUGUAGCGUGUAGCAAUUCAUACUGUUUAAGUCAGAUAUUAAAUUUGAUGUAAAUUUGACUUGAUGUAUUUAUGUAAUGAAAUAGGUGUGUCAUAUUUUAAUUGUUAUAAAUAAUCUCACUCUUAUGUGUUAAGCAUAACGAUGUUUAAUGAUAGAUAUGUAUGUAUGUUUUCUCAUCGACUGCUAAAUCAGCUAAAUGUCGGUUUGUAUUGUCGAUUGAUUUUUUGUGUGUAGAUAUUACAAAAUAAUGUCAAACCCCAAAGUGUAGCCGUCCUUUUAGAAAUUGAAAAUUUUGAAUUGAAUAUGUACUUAUUCACUUCAGGUUGUUUAGAAUUAAUUAAGUAGGGAAUUUUCAUUUGCAGUAUUUCGUAUUUUGCAUUUUCUCUCCUGUAGUCUAUGAAUAGUAGGACCUUGUACAAAAACUUAUGUAAUAUCUUCAUUGGAUGUGCAUGAUCCUGAUACAGUUGUAGUUGUUUUAGUGGGUGAGAACUUAUCUGCGUAGCUGUACUUGUUGGAAUUGUGUAUUAAUUAGUGUUAUGCAUACAUAUGUAAUCAAGGGGAAAAAGUACAAAAUUUCGCUUAUUAGCAGAACAUUAGUAAUUAGAAGUCGAGUAUUAUUACCUGCUUAACAUUCAAACCGAGGAUAAAAAUGUCAUUAAAUGUGAUACUAUUGCAUGAUCUCAAAGGGUGAAAGAUUGUCUGAAUGUAUAUAUAUAAUACAUAUAUAAAUAUAAAUAUAUAUUGAUGUCAUACAUAUUUAAUAUAAAAAUGUUAAAAAAUAAACAAAAAUGCUAAAUUAUAAUUGUUGGUGAUUUGAUGUCGUAAUUUGCCAAGUUCUACGAACUGUAAAUUUUGUGUUAAAUUUUAAACGAAAAAAAAGAUGGCUUUUGAUUGGAAAGCAGAUUUGAUAUCGAUAUACUUGUCAAUGUACUCAAAGUAUUUAACAAUGAUGAAUUAAUGAAAUCGGUAAUUAAUGCUAGAUCUAUUUGAUGAUUUGAUGUAUUAUAUAUAUAAAUAUGUAUAUAUGGAAAUACAUAAUACUGUCGAUAUGUUGUAUAAACAUGGCGUCGUCAGACGAAUGAAGGUAUAUUAAAUUGUGAUGACCUAUCUCAAACAUGCCAAUUUAAUUCCUAAAUUGUCCUCCUCCAGUAGUCUGUGAUUUUGAUUUUUUAGUCAUGUAAAUUAUACUGUAGUUGUUGAAUUACUUAAUUACUGUGAAUAGUACAUGCCAUCAGUGUUGUUAUUUUGCCUGUGAAACUUGUCACUCAUUCAAAAAAUUAUUUUCGAAAUAGGAUAAAAACUUACAUUGUUGAUGUCAUUGUAUUAAAUGUGAAAUAAACUGUAUGCAAACUGUUUUUAUA